AGUUUCAAAGCCCAAAAAACCGGUCGCACGUCCCGAGAUAGCGCUAGUGCCAUGGCAUCUCGCUCAUUGAGGCCCUUGACGCAGGUGCUGCGCACCUUGCAGCGGGUGCAGAAGGUGCAUCCCAGAGCAUUGCACGCAGGCCGUCCGGCCCUGGACCGGGCGCGCGUCGCGGAGUCCCUGAAAGCAUCGCAGGCCUUGGCGUCUCACCAGUUGCCGGCGGACCACCACAUCUUCGAGGAUGCGGAUUUGGAGCUGCUGCAUAACUUGGGCAUCCAUACCGAGUGGGUGCAGCACAACGCUUCUCCCGGAACCCUCUACGAUGAGGCGCUGCGCUAUGAGAAGGGCUCUGCGAUCUUGUCCACCGGGGCGUUGGCGGCAUUUUCAGGUGCGAAGACGGGCCGCUCGCCGGUGGACAAGCGCGUGGUCUACGAGUCCACUACCUCGGACGAUGUUUGGUGGGGUGCUGUGAACAUCCCACUCUCGGAGAAUACCUUCAAGAUCAACCGAGAGCGUGCCAUCGACUACCUUAACACUCGGGAGCGGCUCUACGUCUUCGACGGCUUUGCCGGGUGGGACCCCGAGCACCGCUACAAGAUCCGCGUGAUCACCAGCCGCGCCUACCACGCGCUCUUCAUGCACAACAUGCUGAUCAGGCCCACGGAGGAGGAGCUGGCAAACUUCGGGCAGCCGGACUACACCAUCUACAACGCCGGGGCCUUCCCGGCGAACCGGGCCACCGAGGGCAUGACCUCGGGCACCUCGGUGUCCCUGAACUUCAAGACCGG